AUGGCAAACAAAACAGAUGACGUCAAGACGCUGAUCCUCCAAGGGAAUUGUGAGGAAAAGAUUACACACCUGGGCACUGCGUUGGCACACUUUACCCAACUAAAAAUUUUGGAUCUGUCGAGAAACCUGCUCCAAAAUAUUGAGGGCAUUGAGCAUAUCAAAUCGCUGGAAGUCUUGAAUUUGUACUACAACUCUAUUGAAGACUUGUUCGAAAUCAAACGACUGCAAUGUAACCCUAACCUGAGGGAUUUAGACUUACGCUUGAAUCCGAUUUCCCGGUUAACGGCGGAUUAUCGUCGCUACCUUAGUUAUCUUCUACCGCAAUUGAAAACAUUGGAUUGUCGACCACUUCGACGCACGGAGUCAGCUCUAGAGGAUUCACUACCAAUCAGCAGCGAAGAACACAACAAUCACCCCAAAAAUGAGCGGAAUUGCACACAGGAGUCUACGGGUAACACAGGAGAGCGCUUUCAUUUUGGGUGUUGGAAACAGGAGCUACUGAGAGAAUCCAGUGAACAGAUCGAAACUCCACUGCGAUCACGCAGUUAUGCCGAUAUCCAAAAAUCGGCAAAGUGGUCCCACCACAAUAAUACUAAGAUCUUCCCGUCUGAAGAGUCGCCAAAAAUUACAAGUUUCACAGGUGUUUCACCUUACUGGCUGGACGAUCACGUUGAGAAACAGCGUUCGGCACUCGUUGAGUAUUAUUCAUCCAGAGACACAUUUCCAAAUGAGCUUGAGUUACCUAGUGCGAAUGAAACUCGUGUACACACGGAAGACUCCUACACAAACCAUAAAGAAAGGGCAGAAAAAGCUUCGAAGGAUGCUAAAUCAAAUGACAGUAUUCCUAACGACCGAAAAACCGGCGAUAGUGGUACAUACAGUGGAUCAUCUGUCACAGCUUUCAUUCGUGAAUCGGCCCCAAAACCUCUCGAACUUCCCAUUGGAAAAAGAGAUUCGCAAGAAAAACUGCUAAAAGAAAACGAUAUCAGCCCCAGUGGAUACGCAAAAAUUGAUCAGCCAUUCUUGAUUGCACUGAAGAGCUUGAUAAGAGAUGCGGUUUCAGAAAGUUUCGCUCAGUAUGCCAAUAGAUGCAGUGUUCUUGCACCGGAUCGCAGAGCGCUUGAGCAAACAUAUCACUUGGAGACCUGCGUCACCUCCUCGAGAUCGGAAAAAGCAGCACUGAAAUUGGUUGAACAGUCUUCAGUGUUACCGGAAAAGCCCUCGGCAUGGACGAAGGCGAUAACCAGCGCAGCUGAGUUUGUUGUUAAUGGCUUUCCUACUCCGCUGACAAGUCAUUGCUUGAACUUCUUUAGCUCGUUCCCACCAUGCGUUUGGCUUUCCGGAAACUGCUGUCCAAAGAUCCCCCCGCUACAAGACUGGGUGGGAUCAAACCCACACCUCAUGCUCGCAGGUGAGCCAAUCAACGUGGUAGAUAAAUUUGUUUACCUGGGCAGCUGUAUAAGUUCCGGAGUUUUCACUGCGAUUGUGCGAUCCAUACUGCUUUAUGAAUCAGAGAACGCAUGA